UUGUGUGCAGUCUUUCAACAAAACUUGUCAGCAAUGAACUAAUUGCGUUGUAAAACGUGUUUUAACUGUGAUAAAUACUAAAAUAUGAUUUUAAUAAUUUUAUUUUUCACCUUUUGUCGAGUAUCUGGCGUGAUAUACCAGUUAAAUGACACAGAAUAUAUUAAAAUGCCGCCAGUAUUCCACCUUGACCCUUACGAGUUAUGUAUUCAAGAAACAGGAGGUAUCUAUUGUAUGGUGGAUUUUGAUUUAGUAUCAGAAAAUGAUAGCCAACUUCUAAAUAUGAUACACGAAUAUAGCGCGAGAAAAGAAACGCAUUUCAAUCAUUCACGGCUACAUUAUGGUAUCUGUUUUAAGAAAUCGUGCGACGACUUAAAAACAAAAACGAUAGAUUUAAAUGAUUUAAAUUUAGUUAUUGAAAAAUGUUUGAAUACAACAUUUUGGAAGGAAUAUAAAUUAAAAAUAAGGAUAAAUGAAGAUGUUAUAUGUAAUAGUAAAGAUCCAAUAUAUCAUAUAGAAACAAAAGAUAUAUGUGUCGCUGUGAUAUGUCUAUGUUUAUUGAUAAUAAACCUGGCUGGAAGUGUUUACGAUUUACUGAUAGUAAAAAAUAAUGAUGCAGGUAUGAAAUGGUUACUUUGCUUCUCAAUAAAGCGGAACUGGUUCAAAUUAACAGAUGUUUCAAGAGAUAAAAUUGAAAACAGAAUUAAAAGCUUUAAAAGUUUUAACGGCAUGAAGGUUAUAACUAUAUUUCUUGUGAUAACGAUACAUUCGUUAUUACCAUUUGGAUCGUCCAUAGAUAAUACGCAUUACUAUGAAACAAUAUUCAGUAAAAUUCAAUAUCAUUUGCUUAUCGAUGGUUCUGUGAUGAUUCAGACAUUCUUUAUCAUUUCUGGAUGUUUGUUAUCUUUUAAUCUACAAAUAUUUACGGAGAAAAAUAAUGUAACAUGGAAAAUGAUACCGAAAAGAAUAAUUUUGAGGUGGUUAAGACUAACUCCUCCAUACGCAGUUGUAUUGGCGAUAACUACGACGUGGCUAAGAUUUGCUGGAACAGGGCCUCUUUGGCAAAAAAUGAUAGGACAGGAAAUAAAGGACUGUCAAAGGGACGGUUGGCAGAACAUGCUAUAUAUAAACAAUUAUUUUGACAACACCCGCUGCAUGGCGCAUACUUGGUAUUUAGCUGCAGAUAUGCAGCUGUUUAUAUUGGGAAUGUUAAUAAUGGUAUUGACGAGAACCGAUCUGCAGAGAAAAGUUGUGCUGUCGGUCAUUUUCGUCGUUUCUAUGUUCAUCGCUCCCUUGCACACGUACUUUCAAGAUUUAUACGCCCAUCUUAUUAUUACGCCUGAAGUUGCUCGGGAAUAUUUCGUCAAGGAUCCAACAUUCAACAACUCGUAUAAGCGCGGUCAUACAAAUGUGACGUGCUACAUUUUAGGGCUCACCCUUGGACUUUUAAUUUAUAAAUUGCAACAAAAACAAUUAAACAUUAAAAGAUAUAAGAAAUACAAAUAUUUGGUAUGGGCAACUGUUCCCAUGAUGGUCAUAAUAAUACUCUGCAGUAGCUUGUUCUAUUUGGUCGGUGUUACCCCACAUGUCAUAAUCAGAGCUAUUUAUGCAGGCACAUACAGAACUGUGAUUGGACUUCUUUUAUUCAUCUUGAUUUUAGGAAUGGUGUUUAAAGUUGAAACUGUCUACAGGGUGAUAUUAGAAUGGCAAGGCUGGACGUCGACUGUCCGCGUGUCAUACUGCGCUUACGUACUACAUGUGAUGCUGAUACAGAUUCUUACAUAUUCUAGGACUACAUUAAACCAUGUCACGAUACCUCAUGUUAUAAUGUCAUGCGUGGGAUCAAUCGCCGUAAGCUUCUUAGCUGCUGUACCACUUUGGUUACUUGUCGAAUCGCCGAUCACUCAACUCCUCAAAACAUCUCAUGAUAAUACGAAAAAUAAAACUCAGUUGUAG